AUGAACGGGAUUGACGUGUUAGGUUUGAGAAACUCAAACCAAAGCAUACAAUACAAGGCGCCAUAUGCGCACCCGUAUGCCUCGUCGAUCUCAUCGUCGGCAUCCUCCUCCUCCUCCUCGGUUUUCUCCUUAGAUGCGGUGUCCAGCCAAAGCUCCAUCUCGUCGUCAUCCACAAGCUCUGUUGAUGUGAUCUGGGAGAGCGAAGGUGAAUACCAUGCCGAGGGGAGAUUAGGUGCCGCCGGCGGUGUGCGAGGUUGUUUCAGGGGUACUGCCUCGACAGCUGCCGAUGUCGCUGUCCCGCCGGAGUUGCGUAAGCAUCCCCGACGUACCAACAGUGGCUUGCAGUCUUCCGGCGCAUCAGGCGCGCGCCCUCCGCCCUGUCUUCUACGGCAGUCCGAGCGGAAGGUCAACUUUGUCGACAAUCUUGUCGACACUGCGUCAAUGAUCGUCGAAACUAUUUGGCCUUUAUCCGCGGUUUCGCUGCGGAGCGAUUCAGCUACAGGAUGCAAGGGUGUUUUGCCUCUUCGCACCUUUAUCCAAGAAACGCUUCGUCGGUCGCGGACGAGCUACAGCACGUUGCAGGUAGCCCUCUACUACUUGAUCAAGAUCAAGUCGCACGUGCCUAGCCCAGAACAGGCGCAGGAUCAGUCGCGGACGAAGCCAGUUUGCCGGGCCAUGCAGUGUGGCCGCCGUAUGUUCUUAGCGGCUUUGAUCCUCGCGUCGAAAUAUCUUCAGGACCGGAACUACUCCGCUCGUGCCUGGAGCAAGAUCUCUGGUCUCAACACGCUAGAAAUCAACCAGAACGAGCUGAUGUUCCUGGAAGCUGUUGACUGGAAGCUUCACAUUACCGAAGCUACCUUCCAACGCUGGACGGAUAUCGUUCUGAAGUACACCCCGGGCGCGGGUAACAUGUUCUCUAUCGAUGGGCAGUCAUGGCGAACUGUCAUUCCCAGACUCACACCCGAGUUGGAUGAAAUAGACAAUGAGCCUUUGACUCCUAUGAGCAUGGGAGGAUUCGACGGUGGCUUUGCAUCAAACUCCCCGUCGCCUCGCAGCGCUUGUGCGCAGCCACCGAUCUACCAUUCGGUCUCUGCCGAGCCCACCUCGCUUCCUUCCAUCUCUCAGAUUCCGGAACUCAACCGACCGGACAGCACUGUUCCAUCCCUACCAACGCUCCCCCGACUCCCUCUGUUGCCAACGCCCCAGUUGACUCCCCAAACGAGCAAUGCUUCCACUCCUGCUGCGAGUGCUGGCUGCCGCCCCUCGUACCGACGUCAAAUGUGCGCUGCCAUGUCUCAGAGCAUGUGCACGGCGCGGUCAAUGUAUGACCAGCGCCCAUCGCUGUGCUCAAAGGCUAACAGCGCUCUGGAAGGGUUUCCUACCUUCAUGCGUCGUUCAUCACUCGCUCGUUCGACGUCUUCUGCAUCGUCACCAGAGUCGAUGGUUUCGGAUGUUUCAACCCUGUCCUCUCAGUCAUCACGCUCCUCCUUUUCUAGCGCGUCUACGGGUUCCGUGCCUACUUUGCCUAGCCUAGCGAUGCAGGCCACCCUCCGAUGCACAGGCAACUCAUUCAAGGGAAGCCGGAAGCACAUGCCGAUGGCCUCCCCAAUCGAUGAGAUUACCUUCAGCGGAUCAAAUUCACCGGAGACUUAUUUGGGCUCCAGCCGAGUCCCGGAUAUGUCUAGCUUUCCAAUGGGAACUCCGCUGGACAUGACUUCAACUCACGAAGCCGCUCACAGCCUGUGUCAACUAUCAGGCCAGAAGUCUGCUGGUCAAGGGCAACGCCGACACACCCGCAAGCGUGGUCGCACCGGGUCUGAUGACCUGCAGCUACAGCAUCAUGUGCGUAGUCUGAUCCGCACCGACAAUUCUGCUGAGGGAACAGUACUUCCGGAUGGUAAUCUGGCUGAGCUGCUCCGUAUGUCGCAGCCUUCGAACACUCCUUCCUCCCUUCCGUCGCUAAGCGCCCUUGGCCUCGGCGCUCCUUUGUCCGGUCCAGCUGGAAUGAAGCGUGCUUGCUGUGGUAGUGAAGCAAGAAAGAUUGCGCUCCACCCCAGCUUGCGCGUCGACUACUGA